CUGAUGACGCAUAAAUAUAAUAAACAUGUCUGCCAGUUCAGAGAGAAAUCCAUCUUCGUUCUCUGGAGUCGAUGAUCAAGGCCCGCUUUCCGAAAUGGGAGAUGGUGACAGUGAUGACGGAGAGGACAUUUUUAUUUGCAAUAAAAACCCUAUGGAAUCAAGAAUAGAGCCUCCUCGAUCAAACAUUGAGGAACCGCUGGAUAUUUUCAGUGGAGAGGACGACUGCACCACUGCUCUCAACUCCAGCACAAUCACUAAAUCCAAUGGUGUCCACUCUGAUGAUGAGAAUGAUCUCUUUGCAGAGGCCUCAGUGGAGCUCAGCAUGGAGCACCCCAGUAACAAUACAAGGAAAGACCUGUCCAAGCCCUCUGCAGCUCCGCCUGUGUCCUCGGUUUCCUCCAGCACACUAGCAACACACUCCAAUGCCAUGGAGCAGCUGGAAGAGGAAGAGGCUAUUGACAGCUUUGACGUGGACAUUGCUGUCACCAACCCAGAGAAAGUUGGAGAUGGCAUGAAUGCAUACAUGGCCUACAAAGUAUCCACUCGGACAUCACUACCGAUGUUCAGGAGCAGGGCUUUCUCAGUAAGAAGGCGUUUCAGUGACUUCCUGGGUUUGUAUGAGAAGCUCUCGGCGAAGCAGUCACUGAAUGGUUGCAUUAUCCCACCCCCCCCAGAGAAGAGUGUUGUAGGGAUGACCAAAGUGAAGGUGGGCAAGGAGGACCCAUCUUCUGCAGAGUUUGUUGAGAGGAGAAGAGCGGCCUUAGAGAGGUACCUCCAGAGAGUGGUCUCUCAUCCGUCCCUGUUACAAGACCCCGAUGUCCGUGAGUUCCUGGAGAGAGAUGAGCUGCCGAGAGCAGUGAGCACACAAGCUCUUAGUGGAGCUGGCUUUAUGAAGAUGAUCAACAAGGCUUCAGAUGCCAUGAACAAGAUGACUAUCAAGAUAAAUGAGUCAGACACUUGGUUUGAGGACAAACUCCAGGAAGUGGAGAAUGAAGAGCAGCAGCUUAGGAAGCUCCAUGCAGUGGUGGAGUCACUGGUCAACCACAGGAAGGAGCUGUGUGGAAACACUGCUGUGUUUGCCAAGAGCAUGGCCAUGCUGGGUAACUCUGAGGACCACACGGCUCUGUCCCGAGCCCUCUCCCAGCUGGCCGAGGUUGAGGACAAGAUGGAGCAACUGCACCAGGAGCAGGCUUCCAGCGACUUUUUCAUCUUUGCCGAGAUGCUCGCCGACUACAUACGCCUACUAGGAGCCGUCAGGGGUUCUUUUGACCAGCGGAUGAAGGUGUGGCAGCGCUGGCAAGACGCUCAGAGUACUUUGCAGAAGAAGAGGGAGGUGGAGGCCAAACUGUUGUGGGCCAACAAGCCUGACAGACUCCAGCAGGCUAAAGAGGAGAUCACAGAGUGGGAAGCAAGAGUUACUCAGUACGAGAGGGAUUUUGACAGAAUUGGCAUCACCGUGCGCAAGGAAGUUGUCAGGUUUGAGAAGGAGAAGUCGAAAGACUUCAAAAGCCAGAUAUUGAAAUACUUGGAGUCUCUGUUACAGUCUCAGCAAAGGCUUAUAAAGUUCUGGGAAGCAUUCCUGCCUGAAGCUAAGGCAAUUGCAUGAUAAAAGAGAAGAGAACAAGACCCCAACAGCCUUUGAACACUUUACCUCCUUAUUGGGAACCGAGAAAAACUAUUGCCACUGAGAAAGCUGCAGUCCAUCCAUGUAUUUCAAACCUUUUGUGUUUUCUCUCUAGCUUGUCUAUGUCUGCACAACAUUAAUAUGAAAUGUAUUCACACCAAUAGAUUUGACUUUGCAUAUGUUCAUAGUUACUUAAUUUGUUUUGUCACAUUUAGAUAGAAAACAUCAUAGAUUAAUUUGGCAGUAAAGCUUGUUGGCGGUGGUCUCAGUGGUGUUUGAUAUUUCUUUUGUGUUCUUUGCUCAGACAUCAAGUUAAUUGAUUUUGAUUUGAGAUGUUCCGGUACUUCCCUAGAAUAUUGUGUAUUGUUUACAGUAGAAGAUGCACUAUUUCAUAGCAUUCCUAUUGAUUGUCCUACGGCUAAUCAUUUAUGAAAGUUUCAGCAUAGCUCAAAUGGUCUAAAUGUAUUUGGAGUUUUGGAGAGGCUGCUCGUUGUAGGAAAUACCACUUUGCAGGUGUACAGCCUUGAGAUGGUUAAAUGUUGGUAUUAGCCUUGAAAAUUAUGUCAAAGUUGAUAUGGAUUUCAAAAUCAAAUGUUAUUCCUUGUGAGAUCCAGUUUGGUCAUUAUGUACAUGUUCAUGUUUUGGGGUAUAAGCAACCACUGUUGUAUGAGUGAAUUGUUGCUACAAAUGUUCUAUAACUAACUGCACCUGUGAACUCUGUCCUUAAAAUGUAUGUUUCAAAACCAAUUUGUCUGAAUGUGUACUUGAGACAAGUGUACAUUCAUUGUAAAUUGGUAUACCUUUCAUGGCAAUUUUGAUAAAACUUUAAAAAGCAUAGUGAUCUUUAUCCCUUAAGUUUGUUAUUCGGCAUUUAUACAAGUCGUUUUCACAUCUCGUCAUUUUCUUCCGUAAAAACAUGCUUUAUUUUUGUAAUUACUUGCAUAUUAAAAUAUUCCUGAAAGUGCUUUUAGAUGGAAAUAAUAAAUAUGAUUGAUACAGAAA